ACUUCCCUUUUUAAGAUCUCAUCGAAUAACAAGUUCACCUUUGGAAUUUUUUCAUUAUGAUGUUUGGUCUUCCCCAACUCAAUCUCUUAGUGGUUGCCAUUAUUAUGUUGUUUUCAUUGAUGAUUUCUCUCGGUUUAUGUGGUUUUAUCCUCUUCAAAAUAAAUCUGAUGUCUAUGUAUGUUUUCUCAAAUUUAAAGUUCUUAUUGAAAAUCAAUUAUCUUGCAAAAUUAAGAACUUCCAAAUUGAUGGAGGUGGGGAAUACAUGUAUAAACCAUUUCAAUCAUUCCUUGCAAUGAAUGGCAUUCAUCAUCGCAUCACAUGUCCCCACACUCCACAGCAAAAUGGUACUGCUGAGAGAAAACAUAGACAUAUUACUGAAAUUGGAUUAUCCUUACUCGCUCAAUCUCAUUUACCUCUCACAUACUGGGUUGAUGCUUUCUUAACUGCCAUAUACCUUAUUAAUCGUUUGCCUACAUUGGUUCUUAACAAUGACACACCUUUCUUCAAAUAGUUUGGCAACCAUCCUGAUUAUACAUCUCUUCGAACCUUCAGAUGUGCUUGUUAUUUGCUUUUGCGGCCAUAUGCAUCCCACAAACUCAUGUUUCGUACUAAAAGGUUUCCUGCAAAAGAUGGCUUGACGUCCUCACAACCUUCCAUGGUGGCUACCUCUCCUAACAGCUUGCCAGAGCUUCGCCAUACUGUGGGUAUAUCCUAAUUAAACAGCCGAGAGAAAGCUUCACCAUGUAAAAAAUAGUGUCUGUAGCUUACUCUGCAACCUACCAAUAUGUUCUGGACUUGGGACUAAUGAUUCUUAUAGUUCUUGUGCAUUAAUUGUUUUGUUUGUACAUAAUUAGCUUAUACUGAAUCUGGAGGAUUGAAAAGUUUUGUACCAACUGCUCAUGACUUUGAGGAAGAGCAUGGGACGGGCUUCCCCACUGUUGCUGGUUCUUUUGGCUCUUGGGUUUUUCUUUGCCACAUAUAAUUUUUUAACUAUAAUAACUCCGAAUAGAGGUAACAGUUCAAGGAAGUGGCUGGCCGUUGAUUCAAGCAGUCAGUUAUCUUCUGAUCCCAUAACUGAGAUGCCUGAGAAUGCGAAAAGACCGAAUACUGCCAAGUUACCUUUCCAUGUGGCCCUAACAGCAACUGAUGCACCUUACAGCAAGUGGCAGUGUCGCAUUAUGUACUACUGGUAUAAGAAGAUGAAGAACUUGCCUGGUUCGGAGAUGGGAGGAUUCACUCGAAUUCUGCAUUCAGGAAAGCCUGACGACUUGAUGGAUGAGAUCCCUACUUUUGUAGUUGAUCCUCUUCCACCUGGCUUGGAUCGGGGUUAUGUUGUUUUGAACAGACCAUGGGCCUUUGUUCAGUGGCUGGAUAAGGCUACAAUUGAGGAAGAAUAUAUAUUGAUGGCAGAACCAGAUCACAUUUUUGUAAAGCCUUUACCUAAUUUGGCGCGUGGAGGAUAUCCGGCUGCCUAUUCAUUUUUCUACAUUAAGCCUGAAAAACAUGAAAAAAUCAUAAGGAAGUAUUAUCCCAAGGAGAUUGGCCCAGUAACAAAUGUUGAUCCUAUUGGAAAUUCUCCGGUCAUUAUCAAGAGGGAUUUGCUGGAGAAGAUUUCUCCUACCUGGAUGAAUGUUUCUUUGAGAAUGAAAGAUGACCCAGAGACUGAUCAAGCUUUUGGAUGGGUGCUAGAAAUGUAUGCAUAUGCUGUAGCAUCUGCUCUUCAUGGAGUGACGCACAUUCUUCAGAAAAACUUUAUGAUACAGCCUCCUUGGGAUUUGAAAAUUGAAAAAGCUUUUAUAAUUCAUUUUACUUAUGGAUGCGACUACAAUCUAAAGGGUGAGCUAACAUAUGGGAAAAUUGGAGAGUGGCGAUUUGACAAGCGAUCUUAUCUGCGUGGACCACCACCAAAAAACCUUUCCUUGCCCCCUCCAGGAGUUCCUGAAAGUGUGGUAACUCUGGUAAAGAUGGUGAAUGAAGCUACUGCUAAUAUUCCUGGCUGGGAAGCAGAAUAGAAAACGUGUAAGCCAAUGUAACCCAAAUUUUGGGGAGCGUCUUCUGGUUAUAGUAUAACAUCUUGAAAAAAGACUUACAAAUGGAAAAUAAAAAAAGGUUUGAUUCCUUAAAAUAGGACCAUCUCCUAUCUAUCACACACACACACACAUAGGUACAUGCAUGUAUGCAAACAUACAUAGAUGCAGACAUUCAUAUAUACACCUAUUCAACUCCAAGCCAACGCUAAGCACUGUAUGUAACCCAAGGUUUUGAGGGAGAAAGGUUUCUGGUUUUGAUGGUCUGUGCAAAAACAGUGAAGUGCACACAUGGAACCAAUAAAAGAAAAGAGAAAUGAAAAUGUUUUGAUUUGUA